AUGGAUUAUCUUCCAUAUUUCUUAAAAUAUUAUAAUGUUGAUCUACAACCAACUAAUUCAAACUGUAUCGAUAUAGAAUUGGCCAAAGAUCUCCUAUAUCCUGGUGCUCAUAUUGCAACUUCAAAUCCUUAUGAACAUUAUCAUCAUGGUAUUGUCAUCGAUACAAAUACACCUGAUAUAUCUAUAAUUCAUUUAUGGGGUGCUGAUAAAGAUAGUAGCCGAGUUCAGACAACUACAUUACCAAUAUUUAUUGCUGGUAGUAUAGAUGCUGUUGGUAAAAAUCUACGUCAUCUCUAUCUAGUUAAUUACGAUGGUGAUACCGUGGAAAAACAACAAACAACUGUUGAAAUAGCGAAAAACAUGCUUGAAAAUGCUGAUGAUAUUAAAUACAAUCUAGCUACUUCAAAUUGUGAAGGUUUUGCUUGUUUUUGUCGAACCCUCAAGUGGCAUAGUGAACAAAUAGAAAAACUUACGAAUAUAUUGAUAGAAAAUGCAGCAGAUAUAUAUGAAAAAGUUAAAGAUGCUGAUGAAAACAAUAGAAGAGACAUUUUCUCAUUGCUACAAGCUGGUCCAAUCGAUGCUUUGGAUCCAUCACAAAAAGAAUUGUAUGGGGAUUUUCGUGAGAAAUAUAAUUGA